AUGGCUAAAUGCCAGCAAGUUCACAAGAAGCCUGCAGCUCGCCGAAAGACCGGGCGCGGGCCUGCCGAUACCUUGGCAGGGGCAGGUUGGAAGGCAUGGAUCAGCCACUUGAAAAGCGUUGGGCCAACAUGGCUCUAUGCCCUUGCUAGCCUUUCGCAUCUCCUAUGUGUUCGGGUUACAGAAGCAUGCACACUGCGUCGCUCGGAUGUGAACCUCGCAGGUGCGACAGUGCACAUUGGGGCAAUGAAGAAAGGGGCUGCCCUCAACAAACCGCUGUCGAUAGCAGCCAAAAGGCUUCUCACAGAGUGGCAAGAAGCUGGAGGUGUCUCAGUCCAGCGCACGCGUCGAUGGGGUAACCGCGGGGCCAUCACCUACAAGGAUGAGUGGGUCUUUCCAACCCAGGACGAGGCUUGGCUCUUCCCAAGCAAUAGGAAAGAUGCAGCGCAGGCUCAUCGGAACAAGGACGCCGUCGCAAAGGCGAUCCGCUCAGCACGAGAAACAUUUGUGCCUCCGCCCAACACAGAUGUCAAAAUAGGCUCUAUCCGGAGCCAUUCGGCCCGGCAUCGGUGCUGCAACGAUCUCAAGUCCUCGUCGGUGCCUUCGGAGAUCGCGAAGAAGUUCGCCAGAAUCAAGUCCGACAAAGUCUGGGCGGGAUAUGGGAAACUCACAGACCAACAGAUGGCAGAAGGAAUGGCUCGCCAGCAUGACGUUCAGAAGCUGUGGUCAGACAUCUAUGACCCUGACCAAGCCCCGUGA